AUGCUGGACCUUACUCAGUGCACGCUGGUCAAGAUGACUAACAUGCCUUAUUCCGCCGCGCCAGCCUGGAUCUUCACAAAGAUCCUAGAUCGCAACUCCGCCGUCAAGGAGAUUGAGAUGGCUCCCGGCGGUUACUACUGCUACGUCGACACCCCGGAUUGUGCUCAGUCUAUCGUGGCCCAAUUCGAUUAUCAGGGCGUUCUGGAAGAAUACCUUCACGCUUACAAAGUGAUCUGCGUCGGGGUCGUUCCUAUGGCGGAGGCUCCUACUGCCAAUACUGUUAGCCUUCGUCUGACCGACUUCUUGCGCACCGAGGAGAACAUGCCUCAUACGAAGACCGUCCAGUUUCGGGGGCUACCGCGCAAACAUCCAGGGCACGACUUCUAUCCCAUCGAUCAUGCGAACACCGACACCAACCCUCAUGUCGUGAAGAUCGAGGCCUGUGACGGUAAAGCACUUGUGCGACUCUCCUCCAAGGACGCCGCUGCUGAGAUGGUCUCCAUGUACAACGGCAGCUUCUGGAAGAACGACGUCGUCUACGCCGAGUUUGUUGCCGAUAGCGAGAUGGAUGACAUCAUCCAGACUAAGAUGCCGGGCAAGCAGACCAAGCUCUUUAUUCAAAAAGUGAAGCCAGGUGCUUCCAAGGAGGACAUUCGCGCGGUGUUUGCACCCCACGAGUGUCAAGACAUCCAGAUGCCGCCAGGCCAGCCCUUCGCUUUUGUCUUCAUGUACCAAGAAGCAGCUGCCCAAUUCUCUGACUCACUUGAUAAGCCGAACGGAAAGUAUCAUAACGGAUGGUUCUGGCGCAUCAAAUCGAACAAGAAGAAAUCAGAGGGCAACGCCGCUCCUGCCGUGCCAGACAGCAAGUACCAGCCCCUUGUUGAUGAGUGGUGGAUUUCUAAGGCUACUAUCGCCUUCGAGAAAAACAUUGCUGUCCCAAAGACUGCUACGAAUGCUAGCAUUCAGUGCGAUUCAAAGGCUUCAGAGCACAGCAACGGCCAGUCUACUCCGGAGGCUGCCAGCAAGAUCCGUGUGACCGGAAUUCCUCGUUCUGCCACUGAGGAGCACGUGCGCAAGUUCUUCGAGGGCUACCCAGUCAAAGAGAUCGUCCUGAACCAGGGCAUAGCGAUAGUGGCGGUGACGAGCCAGCACCAGGCAGAGGAGGCGCAGUUGGUUCUAAACAACAACAAGCGCCACAAGCUCCUCGGCAAGAAGGUCAUCUGUGUCUUGCUCUAG